AUGGAAUCCGAGAGUGUCAAGCGUGAGGUAGUGGAGGGAACGACGGGCGAGGCCGCUCCACAGGAGGGCGCAGCACAGGAGACCGCUCCACGGAAGACCACCCCACAGGAGACCACCCCACAGGAGACCACCCCACAGGAAGACGUGAGUGGCAGACUGACGGAAAUCCUCUCCGUCGCGUCUGAGUGUAUCCAACCCGAGGAGCUGAAGGCCAGGCUGCUCCUCAAGAGGCGGCUGAUCUGCUACGAUGGGUUCGAGCCGUCCGGCCGGAUGCACAUCGCGCAAGGUGGACUUCUCAAAUGCCAAAUUGUGAACAAGCUGACCAGCAACGGCUGCACGUUUAUCUUUUGGAUCGCAGACUGGUUCGCACAGCUGAACAAUAAAAUGUCGGGAGAUAUAAAAAAAAUAAAAAAAGUGGGCAAGUACUUCAUCGAGGUGUGGAAGAGCUGUGGCAUGAAUAUGGAGAACGUCCAGUUCCUAUGGGCCAGUGAUGAGAUCAACAAAAAACCAAACGAAUAUUGGUCUCUAGUUAUAGACAUAUCGAAAAGCUUUAACAUUAACAGAAUAAAGAGAUGCUUAAAAAUAAUGGGUAGAUCAGAAGGAGAAGAAAAUUAUUGCUCACAGAUUCUAUACCCUUGCAUGCAAUGUGCAGAUAUUUUUUUUUUAAACGUUGAUAUAUGUCAACUUGGAAUAGAUCAACGGAAGGUGAAUGUGUUAGCUAGGGAGUACUGCGAUAUAAAGAAGAUAAAAAAAAAGCCAAUAAUUUUAUCUCAUGGAAUGCUUCCAGGUCUUUUGGAGGGACAGGAGAAAAUGUCAAAAUCGGAUGAGAAUUCUGCCAUUUUUAUGGAUGACUCUGAGGCAGAUGUGAAUAGGAAGAUCAAAAAGGGGUACUGCCCACCCUCCGUGAUUGAGAACAACCCCAUUUUCGCAUACGCCCGGAGCAUCGUGUUUCCUCACUAUAACGAGUUCGUUCUGCAGCGCAAGGAGAAGAAUGGAGGUUCCGCAGGCAACAAGACCUACGCCACGAUCGCUGAACUGGAGGCGGACUACCUCAGCGGCGCACUCCACCCCCUCGACCUCAAGGACAACGUGGCCAUCUACCUGAACAAAAUGCUUCAGCCAGUGAGAGAUCAUUUCCAAAACGAUGCCGAGGCGAAA